AGGCCAGCGCGCGCGCGCGCACCAUUGUGUGGCUGACUCGGCCGCAGCUGCGGUGUGAGGCGCGUGUUCGGGCCUUCGCCGUCCCCGCACCCGCACCGCAGCCCUGCCCCGCGGCCCGCCGCACCUCAGCUAGCCUCCGGGAGAACACCCACCACGGCCAUGCCGCGCGUCUACAUAGGACGCCUGAGCUACAACGUCCGAGAGAAGGACAUCCAGCGCUUUUUCAGCGGCUACGGCCGCCUCCUCGAAAUCGACCUCAAAAAUGGGUACGGUUUCGUGGAGUUCGAGGACUCCCGUGAUGCGGACGACGCCGUUUACGAGCUGAACAGCAAGGAGCUGUGCGGCGAGCGCGUGAUCGUAGAGCACGCCCGGGGCCCGCGCCGCGACCGAGAUGGCUACAGCUACGGAAGCCGCAGUGGUGGAGGUGGAUACAGCAGUCGGAGAACUUCUGGCAGAGACAAAUAUGGACCACCUGUUCGUACAGAGUACAGGCUUAUUGUAGAAAAUCUGUCUAGUCGUUGCAGUUGGCAAGACUUAAAGGAUUUCAUGCGGCAAGCAGGAGAAGUGACUUACGCAGAUGCUCACAAAGAACGAACAAAUGAGGGUGUAAUUGAAUUUAGAUCCUACUCUGACAUGAAGCGUGCUUUGGAUAAACUGGAUGGCACAGAAAUAAAUGGCAGAAAUAUUAGGCUUAUUGAAGAUAAGCCACGAACAAGCCAUAGGCGCUCUUACUCUGGAAGUAGAUCCAGAUCACGGUCUAGAAGAAGGUCUCGGAGUAGGAGUCGCAGAAGCAGCCGCAGUAGAUCUCGAAGUAUCUCAAAAAGUCGCUCCCGAUCUAGGUCUCGGAGCAAAGGUCGAUCCCGAUCCCGCUCAAAAGGCAGGAAAUCCAGAUCAAAGAGCAAAUCUAAGCCCAAGUCUGAUCGGGGUUCCCAUUCACACUCAAGAAGCAGAUCUAAGGAUAAGUAUGGGAAGUCACGAAGUAGGUCACGUUCUCGAUCCCCCAAAGAAAAUGGAAAAGGAGAUAUAAAGUCAAAGUCCAGAUCCCGGAGCCAAUCUCGAUCCCAUUCGCCUCUGCCUGCUCCACCCUCAAAGGCUCGCUCCAUGUCCCCUCCGACAAAAAGAGCUUCAAGGUCCCGUUCUAGAUCUCGUUCAAGGUCCAGAUCAAGUUCCAGAGAUUAACCCUGAACUCUACGUUCUUUGCACACUAUAACGGAACACUUUCCUACUUGCUUAGGCAGUUACUCUUCCGAGUUUGUACUCGGCCUCUUCUUCAAGAGGAUUUCCUGAAAAGGGAACACAGGAAUUUGAUUUGUGGCCAAAUUUAAUGAGAAAAAGAUGAGGUUCUAAAAUGGUGGUAUGAAGCCCUCUCCCUUCUUUGUAGAAUUAAGAUAAUUUUGAUUUUGUAGCCUUUGAGCUAAAAUAACUUUUGUAAAGAUUAAGCUCAUUUAGAUUUUUUUUAAAAGUAUUGCAGCAGGAUCUGCUGCAGGGUUCUGUUGUUUUGUUUUGCUUAUUUUUAAAUUAACUGUUCAAGCUUUGGAUACAGCAGGCUUUAGAGGGAGAACCCAAAUUUUCAAUUAUGUUGGCUUUUUAUAAAGCUUGAGUUAUGUAAGAUUUAAAUAAAAGUUUGCUACCAAGAUGAUUGCCUUAUUGAAUAGGUCACUACUAAGGCCCUUUAAGUGUUUGUUGAUACCUGCCAUUUGUGGAGACAGUGUAAAUUCUACAUGAGUGUAAAACAAGGCAAGCCUCAGACCAGCAAUAAAUUAUUCAGUUUGGCUAACCUUA